AUGGCACUUGUCGACAUCGCCCCAUGUGCGGACGUGGGUGAAACUUGCCAUUGUCUUCGUCGUCCGUCCAGCCGAGGCAGCAGCGAGCAACCUAGCGGCUUCCGUCGACAGCCAAGAAUCACUGCAGGUCAGUCAGAAAGUUUUUUACGUUCAAACUCCGACAUGCACCUCAAAGGUCUCGUGGACGCUAUUUGGCGACAGAGAGCGCUGCAGCGGAAGCUGUGUGGUGCAGCUAGGGACGCGGCAGCCCUGUCGCCGAAUCUGCCUUGGCGGCAGAUGAGCCGAUCCUUCCGUCUCGUUUGA